UACAAUAAUAAUAUGAUAAACAACAGUUUAAUUUUGAAUUAAAUUUAAUAAAAUAAAAAUGGGGAAGAAAUCUAAAGUAGGACUCGGAAGAUCUUUGAUAAAAGAUCGUUUCGGUCAUAGUAAAGGACGAAAAACUGUUGAUGAUAAUUCUAUGUUGCAUACGACUGAAAUCCAAGACGGUUAUGAUUGGGGCCGAUUGAAUCUUCAAAGUGUCACUGAAGAAUCUUCAUUCCAAGAAUUUCUGAGCACUGCCGAAUUAGCCGGAACAGAAUUCCAAGCAGAAAAGUUGAAUAUAAAGUUUGUGAACCCAAAAUCAAACGUUGGAUUACUUGUGGGUUCUGAUAGAACUAGGGCUCUUGAAGAGCAAGAGAAGAAUAGACAAUUUCUUAGAAUUCCUAGAAGGCCGAAAUGGUCCUCAGAGACUUCUGCAGAAGAGCUCCAACAAAACGAAAGAGAAGAGUUCUUAAAGUGGCGUCGAGAUCUAGCAGCCUUACAAGACAACGAAGGCCUAGUUUUGACCCCAUAUGAAAAAAAUCUAGAGUUCUGGCGCCAAUUAUGGAGAGUGGUUGAACGCAGUGAUGUAGUUGUACAAAUAGUAGACGCCCGUAAUCCUUUACUCUUUCGUUGUGAAGAUUUAGAAUUGUAUGUUAAAGAAGUGAGCGAUGAUAAAAUGAAUUUGAUACUUGUAAACAAGGCUGAUUUUUUGACUAAAGAGCAAAGAGAAGCGUGGGCUAGGUAUUUUGAUGGAGAGGGCGUUCGAGUUGCUUUCUUUUCUGCUAAGCUGUCGAAGGAGAAAGAUGGUGAGAAAUCCGAUGAGGAGUUGUCGGAGAUUUCUGAAGAAGAUGAGGAUGGGGAUGAUGAAUCUGAUGAUGACCCAAAUGAACCAGAACCAACAGUCAGUUCUUUAGAAUCCCAAGUCGAAAAUUUACAAAAAUCAGUAACAUCUACAGAAGAAAAUCUAAAGAAAAUACUCACAGACAUUCCUAAAAUAACUACAGAAUCAUCUCAAGUCACCGAAUCAACCACAAAAGAACCAGAAAGCAUUGAAGAAUCUAAAAACUCAUUUCUCAAUUCUUCUGAACUGUUGACAAGAGAAAUGUUAAUAGAAUUUUUCAAAACAAUUCACACCGGACCAAAAUAUACAUCAGGAAUAACAACUAUAGGCUUAGUGGGUUAUCCAAACGUUGGCAAAAGUAGUACUAUUAAUGCUUUGAUGCUGUCCAAGAAAGUUUCAGUAUCGGCUACACCGGGGAAGACUAAACAUUUUCAAACUUUGUACCUUGAUCAGGAUAUUAUGCUGUGUGACUGCCCGGGUCUGGUUAUGCCAAGUUUUGUUCUAACAAAAGCCGACAUGGUGAUAAAUGGAAUACUGCCAAUAGAUCAAAUGAGGGACCACGUGCCUCCUAUAAAUUUAGUAGCAAGUUUAAUUCCUAGACAUAUUAUCGAAGAUACGUAUGGGAUUAUGAUUGCAAAGCCUUUAGAAGGAGAGGAUCCUGAUAGGGCUCCUGUGGCUGAAGAAGUUUUAAAUGCUUAUGGAUACAAUAGGGGUUUUAUGACUGCAAACGGACAGCCAGACUGUCCUCGUUCAGCAAGGUACAUUCUAAAAGACUAUGUCAAUGGAAAACUGUUAUAUUGUUACGCACCUCCUAAUAUGAAACAAGAUGAAUAUCAUAUAUUUCCCGAAAGGAAAGCUAAGGUUAAUUUGGAUCGAGUUUUGCCGCCCAGGGAACAGAGAGCAAUUAAGAUUGGUAAAAUGACAUCAGCCGAUUUAGACAAGCAAUUCUUUAUCAAAAACACACAAGCAGCCCACAUCAAAGGCAAACUGCCCGUAAAUCCAAAACUAAUCCAACAAAAUGAUGGAGGAAAUUCUUCAUCAAUGGGAUCUAAGGAUAGUUUGAUAACGAUUGUGGAAAAACCGUGGAAGCUUCAUAACAAACACGCUAAUAAGAAAAAGAAGGAAAAGCUUAGAAGAGUUUACUCGCAUCUUGAUCAACAUUGAUAGAAACUAUUUGUUAUUCUUAUAUUGUUUGAAAUAUAAAUAAUUUAUUAUUAUACAUUAUUUUAAUUCU